CCGGGGUGCCGGGCGCUGGGCCGGCAGGCAGCGCACACCCGGCAGGCGCCGCGGAGCAGCGAGGUCCCAGGCGGCAGCGCUCGGCGCAGUCCUCGCUCCGGCCGGGCCAUGAAGGUCGAGUUUGCGCCGCUCAACAUCCCGCUGGCGCGGCGGCUGCAGACGGCGGCGGUGCUGCAGUGGGUCCUGUCCUUCCUUCUGCUCGCACAGGUGUGCCUUGGAGUCAUUGUGUUCCUGAUCAUAUACAACUACUGGUUCCUCUACAUCCCUUAUUUGACAUGGCUUUACUUUGACUGGCAAACCCCAGAGCAAGGAGGCAGGAGAUCCGACUGGGUCAGAAGCUGGACCAUUUGGAGGUACUUUAAGGACUAUUUUCCAAUUCAUCUCAUCAAAACUUGGGAUUUGAAUCCAAGUCACAACUACAUAUUUGGGUUUCACCCCCAUGGAGUGCUUGUUGCUGGAGCCUUUGGAAACUUUUGUACAAAUUAUUCAAACUUCAAGGAGCUGUUUCCUGGCCUUACUGCGUAUCUUCACGUGCUUCCAUUUUGGUUCCGGUGUCCGCUCUUCCGAGAAUAUCUGAUGAGUAGUGGGCCAGUCUCAGUUUCCAGGAGAAGUGUGUCUCACGUGCUAAGCAAGGAAGGAGGUGGAAACAUCUCAGUCAUUGUACUUGGGGGUGCAGAGGAAUCACUGGAUGCCCAUCCUGGAAAGUUCACUCUGUUCAUCCGCCAGCGGAAGGGAUUUGUGAAAAUUGCUUUGACCCAUGGUGCUUAUUUGGUGCCAGUGUUUUCUUUUGGUGAAAAUGAACUAUUUAAACAAGUUAGCAACCCUGAAGGCUCAUGGCUUCGAACUGUGCAGGAGAAACUACAGAAGAUCAUGGGAUUUGCUUUGCCACUGUUCCACGCCAGAGGAAUUUUUCAAUACAAUUUUGGCCUAAUGCCCUAUAGGAAACCCAUCCACACUGUUGUUGGCCGUCCAAUCCCUGUUCAUCAGACCCUGCACCCAACCCCAGAGCAGGUUGAGGAGUUGCAUCAGACCUAUAUGGAGGAGCUAAGGAAAUUAUUUGAGGAGCACAAAGGGAAGUACGGUAUUCCAGAAAAUGAAACUCUCAUUUUUAGAUAACUGUCCUCUUAGAAGGCAUGCAAGAGGGCGAGAGAAUAUCCCAUUGAAAAAACAAAUAUUUUAAAUAAAUUAAAUUUUUUCUUUGAUGAAGGAAUCAAA